GAAUCUCCUGAUAUAAAGAAGAUUCAAACAACAAUUGCAGACAACUUGUGUCUGACAUUCAAAAACGAAAGUGAAAUGGCAAAGAAGCUAUAUUCAAGAAUGAAGGACAAGAAUAUCCUCUUAAUUUUAGAUAAUAUAUGGGAAUCUCUAGAACUUGAUAAGACAAUAGGAAUUCCUUGUGGAGCUGAUCGUGGAAGAAAUAAACUUUUGUUCACAACAAGAAACUUAGAUGUAUUGGAGAAAAUGGGUUCCACAAAUAAUUACGGAAUGAACAUUUUAAAUGAAGAAGAAGCUUGGGCCCUAUUCACCAAAAUGGUUAUCUUUCCUGAUUUAAUGGUCUUGAUAUUGAGGAAUAUUAUUUCUAGAAAGAUUUGGGACAACCAAAUUCCAACUUCCUCCUUUCAAAAUUUGAAACAAUUGAUAUUGUGGAGAUGUACAAAGAUGAAAUAUGUGUUUUCUUAUACCAUAACCAAAAACCUCCAGCAACUCCAAUACCUUGAGAUGAAGGAUUGUAUUGUUUUAGAGGAAGUUGUUGCUACAGAAGGAGUGGAAGCAGCUGCCAGUUUUGUGUUUCCACAAGUAACCUUAAUGAAGCUUCAAAAUCUACCCGAACUUGCAACUUUCUAUCAUGGAAUGCAUACUUCAGAAUGGUCAAUGUUGAAAGAGUUGGUGGUGGAAGAUUGUGACAAAUUCAAGAUGUUCACUUCAGAGCCAAAUUCUUUGUGCUUGGACCAAAAGGUAUGAGUAUUUAAUUUUGUUUAAUUUUGUUCCUCUUCAAAAGUCGAAAAACCUUCUUUAUAUGUUUAAAUUCAAAAGAAUUGAAAUAUCUCUCUCUUUCUUUUUUUUU